AUACACGGCAACUUCCGCUUGUUGUCAAUCUCUCUCUUUUCCGUCACCUUUCGAUUGAAGAAAGUGCACACAUUUUGUGUCAGCUUUUUUAAUUCAAUCCAGAUAGGAUUAUAAUCCGAUAAAAUGGCCAAGCGUACCAAGAAGGUUGGAAUCGUCGGUAAAUACGGUACCCGUUAUGGUGCCUCGCUGCGUAAGAUGGUGAAGAAGAUGGAAAUCACCCAGCACGCCAAGUACACCUGCACCUUCUGCGGCAAGGAUGCGAUGAAGCGAACCUGCGUUGGUAUCUGGUCGUGCAAACGGUGCAAACGUGUCGUGGCCGGAGGUGCCUGGGUGUACUCGACCACCGCGGCCGCCUCGGUCCGAUCGGCCGUCCGACGUCUGCGUGAAAUGUAAAAAGGUUGACACAGAAGUAACAAAACGGGCGGAGUUGAUUGUCGGGUGCUGUGGAUUGUUUCGUGUAUGCACCGGUCGCAGGAUCGGUCGCUAAGGACCCCAUCGAACCUACACAUGCACGAAUGGUGCAUACCAAAGCCUGCAGUAGAAGUGUAUUUCGGUUCUCCCCACGAUGACGGCGUCCUCGAUCAGUGCAAAACACAACAUCGGAAAUAAUUUACAUGCCCCAGCGGCAAGAAUCAGAUCGAUCGAAUUGUUAAUAAAAAGGAGAACGAGUAAACAGCUUGGAAUGUGAAUCGAUGAGAAGGAAAUUA